AUAUUUUAUCCCUUUUCUGGAGAAAGAGAAAAGGGUUGUAAAUAGGAAAAGGGGCCGAAUUCUUCAACUCUUUCGGCCAUUGGGAAGGAAGGGUGAAGAACAAUGGAUGCUCUAAGGAGACAGGCGAGCAAGUUCAGAGAUCAAGUUGCUAAGCAACAGCAGGCUGUAAUAAAGCAAUUUAGCACAACUGGGUAUGAGAGCUCUGAUGUUAUAGUCAUAGACGAAGUUGAAUUGCAGCGGCAUCAACAGUUGGAAAAGUUAUACAGGUCUACUCGUGCAACAAAAGAUUUCCAGAAGGAUAUUAUUCGAGCAACUGAAGCCCUUGCAAUUAUAAACAGUAAACAUGUGGAAGUAGGUACAAAAUUGACAGAGGACUGUUAUAAAUAUGGAGGUGAAAACAUUGCUAAUGAGGGGAACCUAGCCAAAGCUGCAUCUUUAUAUGGCGGCGCAAUUGCACAUAUUGAGCGAGAAUAUGAAGACUUGAAUAAGUUGUUGUCUUCACAGAUUACAGAACCUUUAAGAGCUAUGGUAACUGGUGCUCCCUUGGAAGAUGCUCGUCACCUUGCUCAACGUUACAGUCGAAUGAGGCAUGAAGCAGAACAAAUGGCCUCAGAAAUUUCGAGAAGACAAACUCGUGUAAGAGAAGCAUCCAUCUUAGAGAACACAACAAAACUGCAGGCAUCUGAAGCUAAAAUGAAAGAACUCAAAUCAAACAUGGCAGUCUUGGGAAAAGAAGCUGCUACUGCACUAUCUGCUGUUGAAGCGCAGCAGCAAAGGCUGACAUAUCAACGCUUAGUUGCUAUGGUAGAGGCAGAAAAAUCAUUUCACCUAAGACUAGCUGCUAUUCUAGAUGAUGUGGAAGCUGAGAUGAACACUGAGAAGCAGAGAAAAGAAUCUUCACUUCCUUCUCCAUCAAUCCCAAAACGCUCUGAGAAAGCUACAUAUUUUCUGGCUGAGGCAACCCAUGCUUUCAAUGCUGCUUCUGAGAAAGAAUUGAGUUUGUCUCCUGGAGAUUAUGUUGUUGUUCGACAGGUAAGUCCAUCGGGAUGGUCAGAAGGAGAAUGUAAAGGCAAGGCCGGGUGGUUUCCUUCAUCUUAUGUCGAAAGACGCCAAAAUAUUCCCACAAACAAAGUUUUCUCUCAUGACUUUUAGUUGCUUAGACCCUGAACUGCAAGUUUGUAACUCAGUACAGUUUGCUUUUGAGAGAAUUUCUUGUCUGGAGGAUGGACCUUUUGUUAUGUUGAUACUUUCAUGAUGUAACCUGUAAAAUAGGACAUCUAAUGUUAAACGUUUGUUGUAUUCUUUGGGCGCAUGAUUUGUGUAUCAAACAAAGCUCUUCUUUCCUUUUUCAGGUCAGUUUUAAGAUCA